AUGGCCACUACGGCCGAAAAUAAAUCAAAUAGUGGCGGACAAGAAGAUGAAAUAAAUUUACUACGUAUUCAUUUCAAAGAUAAUAUUCGUAUACUAUCGUCAAUCGGACAAUUCUCUUAUAUAUUAAAAAUACGCGCUGAUCAAUAUGAUGUUUCAUUAACUUUACAAUUAGAUGAAUCAUAUCCAAAUAAACCACCUGAAAUACUUAUCACAGCGCCUCGCCUUAUACCUGAUCAGAUUUCGCUUGUUCAAAAACUUCUGCAGUCCUAUAGUGAAACAUUAAUGAAUCAGCCAAUGGUCUUACCUAUCUAUGCACGUCUCCUUAAAUGGUUUGAUGAAAACAAAAUUCAAACUUUAUCUGUUAAUACGAAUAACAAUACUUCUAUUCCACGUUCACCAACAAAUGGUAAAAUGGGCUUGCCAUUUGUGCCCAAUAAUAAUAAUAAUAAUAAUAAUAAUAAUAAUAAUAAUAAAACAGCUCAUAUAGAUGAGCAUCAUCAUGAAGAUAUUAAAAAAUGUUCUAUGAAAACAGUUGAAGAUGUCAUAUCACGUAUUGAAUGGGAUAGUAGUCUUGAUAAACGAUAUUUUCGUGUUGGUUACAUAGAUCAUUUUCUUGGUUUACAAGAAAAACCAUUCAAUGAUUUUGAUUUUAAAAUUGAUUUAUCAACAAUAAGUGAUCGACAUACAAAUAUCCUUGCUAUACCCAAACAUCGUAUACAAUAUUUUAAAUAUGCUAAUGAAGUUAUAUGGGACAAAAAGUCACGUAUCGAUCUAAUGUUUGGUUCAACCGGUAGCCAACAAACAAUUUACGAUGUUGUAAAACGACAUGAGAAUCUUGUUGAAACAAAGAAUUCUCAAGAUGAAAAACUAAUUGAUAUUGACCAUCAUAUACCAACAAAACGAUAUUUAACUUUAACCGAUGGUUUACAUAAACCGAAUUAUAUACUAUCAAUACCAAUAAAUGAUUCAUCACUUGUAUCGCAUUAUGUUGCAUAUCGUGAACGUUUACUUUCUACAUAUCCUUUAUUUUUCUCGUCGUCAUCUUCACAUAUUCUAUCAAUCGAUCCGCAUCAGCUUCAUUUAACUCUAUUGACGUUACGUCUUGAAUCAUCAUUACAAAUCGAACAAUUAAUUAUUGCGUUAAAACGUAUUCAAGAAGAAAUUCAUUAUCAUUGUUCAUAUCCCGAACGUAUUUGUUUAGAAUUUCGUGGUAUCGAUACAUUUCAUAGUAAAAAGCUAUUUGUUAAAUGUCAACAAAAUAAUCGUCUAGAAAAUCUUCGUACACUAAUGAUUGAACGUAUUUAUGAACAGCAACAAAAACAAAAAAUGAAUGAUAUAUUUUUUGCUGGAAAUUAUCAAGAUUUUAUUCCACAUAUAAUUCUAUUUAAAAGUAAAAGAAAACUUUCAACAAUCUACCAAAACGAAACGAAUGAUGUUUAUUUUGGUAAACAAUGGAUCGAUGCAUUGCACUUGUUGUCUAUUGGUACAAGUGAAAACGAUCAACAAAAGUAUCAUUGUAUAUUUAAACUCGAUUUGAGUUAA